GUUGAGUGGGUCGAUGGUGUCCAGCCCAUGCAAAUGAAAAUGCAGAUGCUGCUUCCACUGGUUACCACCACGGUGCUCCUCUCGAUCCCAGCAUGGCAGCCGUUGGCUGCAGCGCCGGCGUGCCAGCGGCAGUGCGGCGGGGUGGACAUCCCGUACCCCUUCGGCAUCGGCCGCGGCUGCUUCCUGGAUACGGGGGACGGGACCUUCGAGGUCACCUGCCGCAAAACCACCGCUUCUGACGGCGGCGGUGGCGGCGCCCGGCCCUUCGCCGGCGGCUUCGAGGUGCUCGGCAUUGACCCGGGCCGGAACAAGAUACGCAUCCGCAGCCCGGUCAGCUCGUGGUGCUACGACGGCGCGAGGCGAGUCAUGGGCGCGCCGGACACGUGGUCCUUCAACUCGACGGCGCUCCGCGUCUCCGACGCGGACAACAAGCUCGCCGUCGUCGGGUGCAGCGCGCUCGCCUACAUCGGGUCGCAGGACGGCGCCGUCCAGAACCGAUAUGUGGUCGGGUGCCACGCCGAGUGCGCCAGCGCGGCGUCGCUGUCCGACGGCCCGUGCAACGGCACGGGAUGCUGCCUGACGCCGGUGCCCCCGGGGAUCAGCUCCUUCGACGUGGCCUUCGACGACGCCUACAACAAUUCCGCUGUCGCCGGCUUCAGCCCGUGCAGCUACGCCGUGCUGGUCGAGGCGGCGGCGUUCGAGUUCCGGGCGACCUACGUCACCACCGGCGCGCUCAGGGACGCGGCCGGCGUUCAGGUGUCGGCGGUGCUGGACUGGGCGGUGAGCAACCAGACGUGCCGGGAUGCUUUGCGGAAGAAGACGGGCGCGUACGCCUGCGCCAGUGCCAACAGCGAGUGCGUCGACGCCAAGAACGGCCCGGGCUACCUCUGUAACUGCUCCAAAGGGUACCAAGGAAACCCUUACAUCAUCCAGGGCUGCGAAGAUAUUAACGAGUGUGAGGAGAAGGCGUCGUACCCAUGUGCCAUUCGUGGUUCCUGUAUCAACACGAUCGGAGGUUACAAAUGCCCAUGCCCUGCACAAAAGCGAGGCUAUUCUGAUGGAACAUGCGAAGCGGAUAAAUCUAUAUCUAAAUUGCAAGUCGCAAUAGGUUUUAGCAUCGGCGUAGUUAUGCUGGCACUGGGCAUAACCUGCACCUACGCCAUCCAAGAGAAGCGGCGGGUAGCCGUCGUCAAGACGCGGCACUUCCGGCAGCACGGCGGCCAGCGGCUGUUCGAGGAGAUGAAGAAGUCCAACAAGCAGGGGAUCUCCUUCACCCUCUUCACCAGGCAGGAGCUGCAGGAGGCCACUGGCAACUUCGACGAGCGGCACGUGCUGGGCAAGGGCGGCAACGGCACCGUGUACCGUGGCACGCUCCAGGACGGCACGGCGGUGGCGAUCAAGCGGUGCAGGAUCGCCGGCGAAGACGAGCGGCAGCAGCGGGAGUUCGGCAUGGAGACGCUCAUCCUCUCCCAGAUCAACCACAAGAACAUCGUGAAACUCUAUGGGUGUUGCCUCGAGGUGGAGGUGCCCAUGCUCGUCUACCAAUUUAUCCCCAACGGCACCCUCUACCAGCUCAUCCACGGCGGCGCCGCCGUCGUGCCGUUCGCGGUGCGCCUGAGGAUCGCGCACGAGACGGCCGAGGCGCUGGCGUACCUGCACUCCAUGGCGUCGCCGCCGAUCAUCCACGGCGACGUCAAGUCCCCCAACAUCCUCCUCGACGAGAACUACUGCGCCAAGGUGUCCGACUUCGGGGCGUCGGCUCUGGCGCCGGCGCCGACGGAUGAGGCGCACCUAGUGACGUUCGUGCAGGGGACAUGCGGGUACCUGGACCCGGAGUACAUGCAGACGUGCCGGCUGACGGAGAAGAGCGACGUGUACAGCUUCGGCGUCGUGCUCCUGGAGCUGCUCACGUCGCGGAAGGCACUGAACCUCGCCGCCCCCGACGACGAGAAGAGCGUCGUGGCGAGCUUCCUGACGGCGGCGAGGGAUGGCAGGCUGGACGGCCUGCUGGACGCGCGGAUCAAGAGCGAGGUGAGGGUGGAGACGCUGGAGCAGGUGGCCAAGCUCGCGAAGCUGUGCCUGGAGAUGUCCGGCGAGAAGAGGCCCUCCAUGCGAGAGGUCGCCGAGGAGCUUGACGGGAUCAGGAAGGCGUCGUCACAGAAUCCAUGCUUGUUAGGUGAAGGUGAAGAAGCUCUGUCACACUACUAUGUUGUGGAUGUGUGUGACAGGUCAGAGUGAUCAGACCUACUCCUUAAUCGCUGGUUGGAAUAGGAAGGUGAUGGGGUUGGAGAUUCUUGAUUAGAUCACCAAACAUGUGCUGUGAUGUACAUUACGUGGUAGCUUACUUACUAGUAUUAGGAUGGUAAAACAGGUUUGACAAAUGCACAGCACAGUGAUAACGACAUACACUUUCGUC